AUGCCGGCCAGCAAGGCGCCGUCGAAGCGAUCUCCCCCGCUUCACGACUCGCUUGCCACGUGUCAAGCGGUCAGCAGUGCGAGACCCGCUCACGAAGAGAAGGAGGAAAGGGACGCGGUGUCGGCUAACGGCCGGCCCCCAGCCGGUCAGCCGGUUAACGUCCGGCAGCCUGACGGCGCGUCGGUGGAGCCGGCGAACGGGACGAGCAACGGCACGGCCUCAGCGAAUGGUGCAGCGACGAGCGGAUGGAGUGGAGAGGAGCUGAUUGGCUACGAAGGGAAAGGCAUGCAGCAGAGACUUCGCGUGGCGGUCGACGUUGAUGAAGGUGUGGAAGUGCUCGCAGGAAGAAGGCUCCCUCCCCCCAACCACCCCGCCUUCCCCCUCCCCCCCAUUCUUCCGCCUCCCUUCACAGCCAACCACCGUGUGCACGACUUUUUCAAGUCGGCACAUUUCAACGACGGCAUCCCCAUCAUUCCCGGUGCCUUUGACACACUGCGCCGCCUCUCCCACUUCACCGACCUCGUUGUUGUCACGUACGCUCGCUUGCUCCCUGCUCCCUGCUCCCUGCUCCUCUCUCUCUCUCUCUCUCUCUCUCUCUCUCUCUCUCUCUCUCUCUCUCUCUCUCUCUCUCUCUCUCUCUCUCUGCCCCUUGCCUUGCUGCGCUGCCUCUCCCACUUCACCGACCUCGUUGUCGUCACGUAUGCUCCCUUGCCCUCUCGCCCUCACCCCGCUUGCUCUCUUGCCCUCUCGUCGCGGCAGCAUGUGAUUCGCGAGCCCACAUUGGAGUGGUUGGACAACCACUUCCCCGGGGUCUUCUCCUCAGUGCACUUCGGCAAUCACUUCGCACUCGAAGGCACACCCCGACCCAAGUCCGAGAUGUGCCGGGAGCUGGGUGCGGAGGUGCUGAUAGACGACAACCCGCGGUACGCCCUGGAGUGUGCGGAGCACGUCAUCCAGGUGCUGCUCUUACUAUUCACAAACCCAACCCCCCCAUUCCCCCUUCCCCCCUCCUUCCCCCCACUCUACAGGGAGCUGGGUGCGGAGGUGCUGAUAGAUGACAACCCGCGGUACGCCAUGGAGUGUGCGGAGCAUGGCAUCCAGGUGCUGCUCUUUGAUUGGCUGCUGCAGUACCCCUGGAGCAAGACGGCGGGCGGCGGGCCGCACCACGAGCUGAUCGAGAGGGUGCGGGAUUGGGGCGAGGUGGAGGUGGCUGUCAGGCGCAUGGCGGUUGAUAGGGCCAUGCCGUGGAUUAAGGAGGAGAGGAAGAAUGCACACAGAUAA